AUUCAAACCUAUCAAAGAACGAUUUGGAAGACAUUUGUCAAAACUUUGGUCUUCCAACUGAAGGAGUAAAGGCGGACCUAGUACAAAGAUUAAAAAUACACUCAGCAAGGUUGUUGGCAAACCUGGUUCUAUUAAAUUUGACAAAUAACAUAUUAGUUGAAAGAGAUUAUGCUGAUAACGACGAAGAUACUCAUAUAACUGGAGGAGAAAAUUAUGUAAAUGAUCUAGAAAUUGGCAAAGAAGAAGGUCUAAUGGUAUCAGAACUCAGAAACUUAAGGAGCAUUAUGGCUGGAUUUGAUAAUAAACUAAAUUCAGUAACAGCUCAA